AUGAAGCUCCAUCACUUCCUUCUUCCUGUAGCACUCACAGCUACUGCAGGCGCUCAAACCCUCAACAUUGUUGCCCAUGAAGACGACGAUUUGCUCUUCCUCAGUCCCAAGCUUCUCGAUGAAAUUCGAUCUGGACGGAGGGUCCGCACCAUCUUCGUUACCGCUGGAGACGCGGGCAAUGGUGCAGACUAUUGGAUCUCUCGGCAGGAAGGGUCGAAGGCAGCGUACGCCCAAAUGAGCGGCGACGAAAACGCCUGGACACAGUCGGACGCUGGCAUCCCAGGCUUCAACAUCCCGUUGUUUACAUUGAACAACGAUCCUAAUAUCUCACUUGUCUUCCUUCAGCUACCAGACGGUAAUAACGGAGGAGAGGGCUUUGGAUCCGGAAGCCUGCAGCAACUGUGGCAAGGAACCAUACCCGAGCUGACUUCCUGGGGCGGAUCCUCAUACUCCAGGGACGAUUUGGUGAAUGUGCUGAGGAAUCUGGCCGAUGACUUUGGAUACGACCACAUCAACACCCAGGACUUUGUCCAUGAUUAUGGAGACGGAGACCAUAGCGACCACCACACCACCGCUUAUUUUGUCCAUGAAGCGUUCGCUGAUUGUGCCAGCAGCGCAUCCAUCACUGGUUACAUGGGCUAUCCUGUCGUGUCGCAACCAGCUAACGUCGAUGGAGAGCUUCUUCAGGAGAAGAAGGCUGUAUUCUACAAUUAUGCUAGCCACGACAGGAACACAUGCAGUAGCGAUGAGGCCUGCCGAGGACGUGAUGAAGCUCUCUGGAUUGAAAGGGAAUACAUCGUCAGCGAAAUAGACCAAUCCCCUUGCAGGAAAGCUGCGAGCAAAGCCCCAGCCUCUACUACGAGUAAGGCGUCGGUCUCUACUACGAGCAAGGCGUCGGUCUCUACUACGAGCAAGGCCUCGGUCCCUACUGCGAGUAAAGGCUCGGCCUCUCCUGCGAUCAAGGGCUCGGUCUCUACUGCAGUCACCCCUUCGGCAUCCCCAACCCGUCCACAUAAAGUCAUUUCAAGGCCACUGCAAGCAUAA